GGGUGAUCACAUCCGGUCACUCCUGACUAUCAUCCAUCAACACCUGUUAUCCGAAUCGCUUCUAGCCCUGUCAGCUACUAGAUAGAACUACCCCAUCAAUCCUGUCUUGAAGAAAAGGCCUGUCAUCGGAGACGAAACCACGACUCCCUUUAGCAGCAUUAUCGCUCGCGGGUCGUCGUCGUCACUUCCCGAACCGGAUCAGCCCGACAUUCGAUCAUACAAGCUCGAUAGCUAGUCUCCCAGUCCCAUCUACAUCACGCAGACUCUGUACAACGUACAAUACCGAGCAAGUCUUGACAAGCAGUUGAAGAGACAACCAUGUCGUACGUCGCCAUCGUCAAGGCGUUGUACGAUUACGAGGCACAGGACCCGGCCGAAGAGUUGUCCUUCAAGGAGGAUCAGGUGCUUUAUGUCAUCGACAAGGAGGACGAUCAAUGGUGGAAAGCCAAGUUGAGACCAGAGGACGAGGUCGAGGAAAAGGUCGGAUUGGUGCCUGCCAGCUAUGUAGAAGAGUCACAACCGAUCUCCCACGCACGUGUUCUGUACUCGUACGAGUCUACGUCCGAAGACGAACUCUCGGUCGAGGAAGAAAACGUCGUCUCCGUUUAUGAACACCAAGGCGAGUGGGAUCUCGUCAAGGUCAUCCACCCGACAGAAGGAGCAGCGAUCGGAUUCGUCCCUGCCAACUAUACCGAGGCCCUGCAAUCGGGUGAAGCCGAAGACUUGGGGUUGGCCAAGGGGAGGUUGGAAGAAGGCGGCCUGGUGAAAGAGGUCGACCCGGAAGAACCUAUCAGUCCCGGUGUAGGUGCUGGUGCGGGGGCAGGGAUGUUGGCUGCCCCGAUCCCGAGAGCCGUGACCGAGUACGCGACCCCGGCAGAGAGGGUUACUAGCAGCCAUCAUGCCGCUCCGGGUGAUGUCAAGGACGAGGUGGAGACCUGGAGCAUCUCGGAACUGGACAAGAAGGGCAAGAAGAAGAAGGGCACGCUCGGUGUGGGCAAUGGGGCCAUCUUUUUCGCUUCAGAGACGGACAAGACACCUGUGCAGCAAUUCCCUAUCGACGCCCUUCUCCUGUACUCAACCCCGUCGUCCAAGACGAUCCUCUUCCAGUUCGCGACUGCCCCUGAGCCGCUACAAUACCACUGUGGAGACAAGGCAACGACCGACGCGAUCAUGGCCAAGAUCAGACAAUCCAAAGAUAUCGCCGCUGGAGGUGGAGCCGCGCCUGCCCCGGCCGCUUCGCCGCCUCAAGCCGAAGGUUCGCCUUCGACCCGCGGAGUCAGGUUCUCGGCCGAACCUGCGACUGCGUUCCCCCCUCCUCCACGACGUGCGGCGAGCUCGACCAUGAGCGUACCCAAGGUAACAACGACCAAGGCGACGGCAUUGUACGACUUCGAAGCUCAAGGCGAGGACGAGUUGACGAUCACCGAUGGCGAGGAUCUGACCGUGGUCGACAAGGAGAAUGACGAUUGGUGGACCGUGAGGAACGCUAGCGGUCAGCAGGGUGUUGUGCCCGCUCAAUACGUGGAGUUGGCGAGUGGAGCUGCCACAGCAUCCGCUUCGACUGGCGCUCCGGCUAGGCUCGACUCGGAUGACGAAUCGGUCGACGACGGUGCGGCCGCUCGUCAAGCUGAACAACAGGCCGAGGCUGAACGUCGUGAACGGGAAAGACGAGAGAUGGAGGAAGAGGCGGAAGAGGAGAGGAGACGGGCCGAGGAUGAGGCAGCACGAAGGGCCGAGAAGGAAAGGCGGCGAGCGGAAAGGGAUCGGAAGCGAAGGGAAGAGGAGGCUGCUCGAAGACGCGAGGCCGCUCGACAAGCACCUCCUCCAGAACCGCCCAAGCUCAAGCAGCGUCCUUCUGCCAACGACGUGGCGGCGGCCCGAAAUCUGUCCAUUCCCAAGGGAAGGGAUGCCCCCGACAGGCCUCGAGGGGGAGACAGUGGGAGUGGAAAGAACAGACCUAAUCCGUCGCGAACGCGAGUAUGGCACGACAAGAGUGGACAGUUCCGAGUUGAGGCCGAGUUUUUGGGUAUGGGCAAUGGAAAGAUCAGGUUGCACAAGUUGAACGGUGUCGUCAUCGAGGUACCUUUGGAAAAGAUGUCUCCGGAAGAUGUCGCCUACUUGAAAAAGGUCACCCGGAAAGAGAGGGAGAGGUCCCGAUCGGCUCGAGACCCGGAAGACGACAUGCCCCUGGCCCAGGUCGUUCAGACUCGGUCUCCCGCGCCGACUCCCUCAGCCGAGACUAGAGCGAGGAUGUCGCCACCCACCUUUUCUCCGCCUCCGACCGCGGCACCGCCUCAACAGGCCUUCCGACCGAAGCGUAGCAACUUUGACUGGUUCGAGUUCUUUCUUAAUGCCGGCUGUGAUAUGGACGAUUGCACGCGAUAUGCGGGCAACUUUGACAAGGAUAGAAUCGACGAGAGCAUUCUGCCCGAGCUGGAUCCUUCUACCUUGAGGUCCCUAGGGCUCCGAGAGGGAGAUGUGAUCCGGGUCAAAAAAGCCAUCGCAGCCAAAUAUCGCAAGCAUACGCCCGAGGAGCUAGAUCAAAUCAAAAAAGACGAGGAACUCGCCAAGCAGUUGCAGGACGAAGAAUCAAGGGGAGGCGGUAGUUCCGCUGCCGGGCGAAGUAGUCCUGCUACGAACCUGUUUACAGGUCCGGAUGGCAAACUCGCCAACAACACCCGACGUGGCCGACCCGAGCGCAAGGGGACCAUCAGCUCGGUCGAUCCAUCCAGUAUCGCUGCUGCUUCCGACCAGCUGGCAAGGAAGCCAUCGCCGCCUCUCCUGGCGCCAUCUCCACCUCCCGCUCCUGCUGCACCUGAGCCGCCAAAGCCUGCUCCUCUAUUGAGUGGGUUCGAUGACGAUGCCUGGAACAUCAAGCCGGAAAUCAGCAAGGCCGCUACUCCCCAGCCUCCGGCUGCUCCGACACCGCCUCCUGCACCCGUCGUCGCUCCCACGCCACAGCAGACCUCCCAGACUCUGUCAAACCAGAUCAACAACCUCAGUCUGAACAACACCGGCAGCUCGGCCAAUAACAACGAUAUCUUCUCUCAGAUUCCUCAGAACAGAAUCGUGUCUCCCAAUGCUACCGGUCAAGCCAUGCCUCAGAGCUACCAUGCGGGUCUGGGGAUGGGCAACUCGAACAUGUCUAUGGCUCAGAUACAACAGCAACAGCAGCAACAACAACAACAGCCGGGACCGCUUGCCCCUGUACCUGCCAAUCAGGCACUGCUGAACCCGUUGAUUCCGACUACCACUGGAUUCUCCGGCUUCGUGCCAACGAGACAGUCGAUGAACCCACAACCCACAGGCAUGAUGAACCAGCAGACCGGAAUGGGCGGCAACAUGAACAUGAUGCCUCAACAGACUGGCUACGGUGGUGGCAUGAGCAUGAUGCCGCAGCAGACCGGCUACAUGGGCGGCAUGGCUCAACAGCAAACUGGAUACUCGAAUAUGCAGCCACAGAUGACCGGUUACAACCCUAUGCAACAACAGCAACAGCCACAGAACGCCAUGUUCAAUCAGCUCUCGGCCAUACCGCCACAAAAGACCGGCAUGCCUCAGACCGAGCAGACCAAGUUCGAUCCAGCCAAUAUCUUUGCCAAAAUGAAGACUCAGGGCGGUGCCGGAUCCGGUCCUCCACCCGCACAGUCUGCCGACAAAUAUGACGCGCUUCGGCCACAGGCCACCGGUCUCAUGCCGCUGACGACCGGUUACAACGGUGCAAUGAUGCCUCAGCAGACUGGCAUGGGUAUGAUGCCUCAGCAGACCGGCAUGGGUAUGAUGUCGCAACAGACUGGAUACAAUAUGGGAGGCAUGGGCAUGAACAUGGGCAUGCCAGGACAGAACUCGAUGUACAUGCAGCAGCCACAACAGCAGCAGCAGCAACAGACCGGGUUCAUGGGUCGACAAGGUGGAUACGGGUAUUAAUCGCUCGCGAGGGUAUUGGAAAUCGGUCGGGUUCUGUGUGUUGUAGGUCAAAGUCCACGGUACCGAGCUAUGCCUCCUAGGUGGUUCAGGUAGAAGAAGCGUUCGAACUUGUAUGAUGGAUAGAAUAAUAUCAAUCUGUGCACUGUGA